CACUUCAUUAUCACAUCUAUAAUAGUAUCCAUAAUAAUAACAACACUAACGAUGCAUAUCUGUUGCGAUGUCAUCAGUCAACUAUGUCUAUCGGUUAUCGCAGUCAUCAUAAUAGUGGUUACGAUCGCCAGUUUGAUCCUGAGGUUAACAACGCAACCGAAACCAGUGAUUGUACGCAAAGAUAGCGAAAAAUACUAUUUGGACGUCCAGUCGGGCGAAAGACGUCGCUUUCCGUCACUAGUGGACACCGAUGUCGACGACGACGUCGGCGGCGAUCAGCCAUCUGUUUAUCUGUCAGUAAUAGUUCCGGCGUUUAACGAAUCGGAACGCUUGCCGAAGAUGUUGGACGAGGCCAUCGAUUAUCUGGAAUCGAGAUGUAGUCGUCGGCGUCGACGGCAACAAAAGUCCAGUGACGACGGCGUUGACGUCGAUGUCUUUACCUACGAGAUAAUCGUUGUCGACGACGGCAGCACUGAUCAGACCACAGACGUAGCCCUGGGUUAUGUCAAGACGUACGGCUCGGAUAAGAUACGGGUGUUGACACUGGAGACCAAUCGGGGCAAAGGCGGUGCCGUACGAUUGGGUAUGUUAUCGGCCAGAGGUCAUCAGCUGUUGUUUGCCGACGCCGACGGUGCCACUUAUUUUCCCGAUUACGAAAAACUCGAGUCAUUUAUGUUAGCCAAUAGUAGUCGAGAAUCUGGUGGUAGUAAUGGUCGACCAGUGAUAGCUAUCGGUUCCCGAGCUCAUCUCCAAUCUGAUGCAGUGGCCACUCGUUCGCUGUUUCGUACAAUUCUGAUGUAUGGUUUUCAUUUGGGUGUCUGGCUUCUGGCCGUACGCAGUGUUCGGGACACACAAUGCGGAUUCAAAUUGUUUGGCCGCCGUAUUGCCCGCCAAUUGUUUACGCAUAUUCAUUGCGAAAAAUGGGCUUUCGAUGUGGAACUACUGUUGUUAGCCGAAAAACUUGGCGCCAAAAUCGGCGAAAUUGCUGUCAAAUGGACGGAAAUUGACGGUUCAAAAGUUGUACCGUUUUGGUCGUGGCUUCAAAUGGGCAAAGAUGUGGCCAUUAUUUCCUUGAAAUAUACGAUCGGCGCCUGUAGUCUACCGAUCGGUGAUAAUAAUACUAUCAAUAAUAAUAAUGAAAUGACAUAUUCAGACAUCAGAUUUCAAUUGGUUUUCUUUCUUUUUUUUUGGUGA